ACUUGAAAUUGACUUGUUUGCGACUUCAUCCGCAAGUGAUGUAGUUGAUCAGAAUAGUUUCAAGUUUGAAGUUGAGAGUUGAUAGGCAAUUGAACGGAAGGGGCGAGGAGGAAAACGAAGAUGAAAUUAACGUGGAAGAACACAAACAAAAAGCGGUCUUUGGCUUCCAUUUCUCAAUUCCCAAAUCUCCCUUUCGAGCAACACGCUGAUCGCAUUGCACAAGGUGAUGCCGUUACAGGGGAGCUCAAGGUGGAUGAACCGAUUGCCCACCACUCCAAAACCCUAGCUUCUGAUGCGCCUUUGGAGCCCCUUGACGCCCAACUGGCCGAAACCUUUCGAGCAGAGGGCGAAAAGCUAGCUGAGGGUGGAAAGUACCGCGAAGCACUUGCGAAAUGGGAAGCUGCUCUUAAUUUGAUGCCUGAAAAGGCAGUCUUACAUGAACAAAAGGCUCAAGUUUUACUUGAAAUUGGAGAUGCAUGGAAUGCUUUGAAGGCAGCAACUCGAGCUACUGAAUUGGAACCAUCAUGGGCUGAGGCAUGGGUUACCCUUGGUAGAGCACAACUGAACUUUGGGGAGCCAGACAGUGCUAUUGGAAGCUUUGACAGAGCAUUAGCUAUCAAGCCUGAUUCUAAGGAGGCUCAAGAUGACAGACAGACUGCAUUGCAUCUGGUAAAGAAGCGAAAGCAGCUCCACUUGUCAGGAUUGAGUGAUGCUAAAAAUCGUUAUGUGGUUGGUGAAAACUCUGAAUGCUCUUAAAAGGUUCUCUCCAUUGGCAAGGGUUCUCCAGUGAUGGUCCUCUGGAUGCUGGUGGAUUGAGGGUGGUGAGUCUACUGGUUGUGACUGUGUGUCAAGAAAAGACCAAAAUUUCAGGAUUUUGAAGGGGUUAUCAGCCAUAAAAACUUCAGGUGGCAUGUGGGGCCACACAUUUUGUCAGACGGAGGAAAAUUUUGGGGGCGGGACUUAUUGAAGGUAUGUAUUUUCAAUGGUAAUGGUGGUGUCACAAAAUGUUCCAAAAAGUGGGGUUCAAAAAUGAGUGGCACUAUAAUUUUCUGAAAAAUUUUGCAGCGUUGCAAUGUCUGGGGCUCAUCCAAUUUCUGAUCCUCGAAAGUUUCGUAUGAUUUGUAGUUGUAUAUACUUACAAAUAUGGAAAUUGAACCAAAAUAACCAUAAUUCAUUCUGGUCUGUGGCAACAAUGCCAGCAGCAACAAGAGUGGGUAUGGAAGGAUUUU